GCGUUAUUUUUUAGGCAAAGGUCAAGUACGUACACGCCCAAUUCAUCCCACAACCACCACCGUUGGAUCACCGCCGCCGCCGCCGCCGAUGAUGCUCCCAAACCAUCAGAAAAUCCCCCUCCUCUUGGCCUCUUUCCUUCUCCUCUUCCUCCUCCUCGCAUUCCUCCUCGUCUCCGAUUCCCCAAUUCCUUUUCCGAUCGCCGCCAAUCUCCCCCGCGCCGCCGAUCACCACCAAUCCCACAUUUCCGAUCAAAGCAUCGCCGCCGUGCCUUCCGCCAACGCCUCCACCGAAACCAGCACCCACUCCCCUUCCCCUUCCGCAAUUCCGCCGAUAAACACCGCCGUCUCCGACGACCUCCGCGCUAACGAAUCACAAAUUCCAUCACUACUUUCCAACACAUCAAUCCACGCCAAUAAUAACUCUGCAAUCGCCAACACAAGCAGCAAUCCGACCGCCAAUCAGACGGCGGCGGAUGUGAAAUGGAAGCUGUGCACAGGCCCGGUGGCGGUGGACUACAUCCCCUGCCUUGAUAAUUGGUCAGCCAUAAAAAGAUUGAAGUCCCGAAAGCGCAUGGAGCACCGGGAACGGCAUUGCCCCCUGCCGAGCCUCCGUUGCCUCGUUCCGCUGCCCAACGGCUACAAAAUUCCGGUGACGUGGCCGCAGAGCAAGGACAUGAUAUGGUACAACAAUGUUCCUCAUCCUAAGCUCAUCGAAUACAAGAAGGACCAACGUUGGGUUGCAAGAAGAGGCGAAUACUUUUACUUUCCCGGGGGCGGCACGCAGUUUCGCGAUGGAGUCAAGCAUUACAUUGAAUCCAUCGAGAAGACAUUACCUCGGAUCGAAUGGGGUAAGAGGAUCCGGGUGGUUCUAGAUGUUGGUUGUGGUGUUGCUAGCUUUGGCGGUGAAUUGCUCGAUGAGAAUGUCAUCACGAUGUCCAUGGCUCCAAAGGACGAACACGAAGCUCAAAUCCAAUUCGCCCUUGAGCGUGGGAUUCCCGCAAUACUUGCCGUCAUCGGUACCCAAAGGCUUCCGUUCCCGGACAAUUCUUUUGACUUGAUUCACUGCGCAAGGUGCCGCGUUCAUUGGGAUGCCGAUGGUGGAAAGCCUUUGCUAGAACUGAAUAGACUUCUUCGGCCCGGAGGAUACUUUAUAUGGUCGGCCACACCAGUGUACCAAAAGGAUGAAAGACAUGUCAAUACUUGGCAAUCUAUGGUAGAUCUAACGCAAUCACUUUGUUGGACAACCGUGGCAAAAACUUACUUUCCAUUGUCCCACAUUGGCCUCGCCAUAUACCAAAAGCCCAACUCGUCUUCUUGCUACAAGGAUCGAAAUGUGAACAAACCUACUAUUUGCAAUCGUCGUAGUAAACUCAACACUUCAUGGUACGCUCCUCUCGACAAUUGCAUUGUGCCAUUUGAAGAUGAUUCGAGCCAACGAGUGUCAGUCUGGCCAAAGCGACUAACCGAUAAGCCUAUGCAUUUCCCUAAUGAGCCGGAUAGUGAAGAAACAUUCAAACAAGAUAGUCGACAUUGGUUUGCACUCGUCUCGGAAGUGUACCUUGGAGCACUCGGUCUUAAUUGGACAAGGUUAAGGAAUGUCAUGGACAUGAACGCUGGCUAUGGAGGAUUUGCAGCCGCACUCGUGAAAGUGAAAAUGAAAAUGAUAGUGUGGGUGAUGAAUGUCAUCCCUAUCCACGAACCCGAUACUUUGCCAAUUAUUUACGACCGAGGGCUAAUUGGAAUCUACCAUGAUUGGUGCGAAUCUUUCAACACGUACCCUCGGACGUACGACCUUCUUCACGCAAGCUUUCUCUUCGAAAACUUGACUAAAAGAUGCGACGCAGUGGACGUGGCGGUGGAGAUCGACCGUGUGUUGAGACCGGAAGGGUAUCUGGUGGUUCAGGACAACAUGGAACUUCUAACCAAGCUCAAUUCUAUCUUGGAAUCUCUUCACUGGUCUACCAACAUUCACCAAAAUCAAUUUCUUGUUGGGAAGAAAGGCUUUUGGCGACCACCCCAUUAGUUAUAACUCCACUGAUUCAUUAUUAAUUAAUUACACACAUAUUCUUAUACUAGUGCUUAAUUUUGUGUAUCUUAACUAUAUCAUCUCGAUUACUUCUAUACUAACAUUAAUCUAUUUUUUAUUUUUUAUUUUUUAUUUUUAGUGAAGGGCAAGAUUUGUGUUGGUCGGUCAUAUGUAUGUAUGUAUGUAUGUAUGUAAUAAACGCGAUUUACUAAGUCAACGAAGGAAGUGGACCGGGC